AAAUAGUAUAGUUAAAAUAUUUGUGUAAGAGAAGUAAACUGCAUAAAUUAACUAAUUUAAUAAGUUAAAGUAGUACAGCGUUGGUCUACUAAGGUAUUGGUAGGAAGAAACCUUUAAUUGUCGAUUUUCUGUUUUUAGGUUAGUAGACCGGGAUUUGCAAUGUACUUAAACAUAUUAUCCCAAUUCAAUUUGUGUACAUAACAACAAUAAACCUUUCUGUUUUCAGAUAAAUCGAAUUGUGUGUUAUUCUCCAGUACCAUCUCACAUAUUAUAAAUCGACAAUUGUCAGAGUGGAUUCGAUAUUAGUAGAUCAUGGAGAAAUUACAAUUUGAGGUUGGGUUGGCUGCAGAUGAAGAUCCAAAGAAUAACAUAAUGAUUAUAAAGUCGAUUACCAAAGAGGACGGAAUAACGUACCUCGUACCACCAGGUUUUCAAGCAGUAAAACACAACCCUCAAUUGAUAAAGUUACCAGAAGAUAAAAAGACAUUACAGAGAAGCGGUAAUAAUAGAAAAGUGUGGGUGUCCAUGCCAAGUGAUAUUUUAACACUGUACAAAGAUGAUGUUGGAAAUAUGAUGUUUAAUGAUUAUUUAUUACAAGAAAUGACUCAAGUCACAAGCCGAUCUAUUACAGAUGGAAAAUUAUUGGAAAUCUUAGAGAAACUAAGUGAUAAAUCCAAGGUACACGAAGAAAAACAUAACAGUUUGAACAAAUUAAAUGAAAAAUUUUUUUUAAAGAAGUUUGAAAACAAGAACACUAAUGCUAAACAAUGGUUGCAAAGUUUUGAAAGUGAAUGUGCAAGAUUUGAUUUAAAUAGAGAUACAGAGAGAAUAACCGCUUUGAGAUUAUUCUUGAAUGACUCAGAAAAUGAUUGGUAUGAGUCCAUGUUAAUUAAACAUGGCUUAAACACCCUAUGGAAAAUAUGGCAAGUGAGUUUUCUUAAAACAUUCGCGGAUAAGAGUUGGUCUUCUGUAAUGUAUGCACUGAAUUUCAAACAUUUAAAUGGCUCACUGCUGCAAUAUGCAUUGAAAAAGCAGAGAUUGCUACUAGAAUAUAAUAGUGAUAUAGAUAUGAGAACUCUGGUUGACUUGAUUGUCGCAGGAUUGCCAACUUAUAUUACAAAUAAACUAGAUCGUCAAGAGAUGACAGAUCCAACUCUUCUAUUUAGUGCCCUACGAAUGUAUGAAAAUCUUAAUAAAAAUAUACCAAAACAUUUUACCGAGACAAAGCGCUUCACUAAACCAGAAAUGGAAAAUAAAAAAAGAACACCUUGUCAAAUAUGUUAUCAAGAUGGGAAAGAAAAAUAGAUUUCAUCCUGGGUACAUGUGCUGGUAAAAGGAAGACAAAAAUGACAGCGUAAAACACUGCAAAAACUUGAUGUUGGGGAUUGAUCAAUUUCAGGAUACAAAAAACUAAAUAUUCCCCCACUAAUAGAAGUUGAGGUUAUACUGAAUAAUACACUAAAAUGCACAGGUAUCUAUGAUCCUGAUUCAAAUAUAACCUUAAUAAAUUCGAAGUUAAUAAAAGUAACAAAUUGUAAGGAAAAUUAUUUUGAAAAUAAAUUUAAUACGAUUGGUGGUGGGGGAAAAACAACAGGUUAUUCACCUCAGUACCUGUUAAAUGGAGAACCAACUGAUGUAUUACCAGUGGACCUAAAAAUAAAACAAGUGGAACCCGGAGAACUGGAAAAAGACAGACAUACAGCAUUUCUCAGAUCAAAAAAAUCACAUGAACUAAACAAGGCCAGAUUUGACAGAAAUAGAAUAGAUUACAAGUUCCAAAAAGGCUAUAUGGUAACAUAUAUAAUGGACUAUUAUAAAUAUUAUAUAUGGAUGAAAUUAGAAUAGGUCCUUUUGAGAUUGAAAAAAUGAUAUCAGAUUCACUCUGCAAAAUUAACACUGGAAAGAAUAAAAAGUCCUUGGGAUUGUACCAUGUGACAAAGCUCAUUCCUCAGUGUGAUAACUGAAAUUAACUCCAGUUAAUUUUCAAUUUUGAAGUGGGGGAGAUGUAAGCUUUUUAUGUUGUGAACGCAGCCUUACAAUAGAUUGAAUGAACACUACCCUUACAAAUAUGGCAUGAUAUUUGACAGACGGCACUACUGACCAGAGAUAAAAUCUGAAAAUCGUGCUCAGGAGCGUUCAUUGUAUAGAAAAUAUAUUUGAGUUUAAUAAACAUUUUGAAUUUUUUUGUUUCAGCUACUCAUUCGACUGGAAUCAUGCCAGUAGUUGAGGCACUUUUUUUUUCGGCACUUCCGCAGACAGCACAUAACUCCGUUAUUUUUCAAUAUUUUUGUAAAAAAAAAAAAAUUUUAAAUAUAGCUAAAAAUAUACUUUAUUACGUCCAUAGAACGUCGAAACAUUCAAUCUUUCUUUUAAAACAAAUUCACGAAAAUCGCCUAAUUUUUCAUGUGUCACACGGGUAUAGCCCCUUAAGUAGCGAAUCUGUAUUGUGUGGUUUGUCUAUGAAGAAAAAACCAUAAAAGCUAUUAAGAUUAGAAAUAUUUUUGUUUGUUUAUAAUGAAUUGCGCACUUCACGUUGCUAAACGAAAUCUAGAUUCAUUUGCAUUCCAGCCGCCCGCGCGAUUUACAUUCUACUGAGCACAAACGGUAUAUUCAUACUACCCUGCUAGCACGCAUAAGUGAUUGUAAAUUGUUUAUUUAUUGUUAAAAAACAUGGCAGCAGGUUAAUUGGUUGCAGAAUAUAAAUUUUGAUAAGCUGAUAAAGUCUCUAAGACUUUAACUGACAAUUUAUUGCCUAUUUUCUACAAUUAACGAUCAUAUUAAUGUACGUACAUAUAUUUAGAUCGUAAAUAUGCCACGAAAGUGUUUGAACAACCCGGACAAUUUUUGUUAUGUGUGUGGAGAAUUAACUUUUACAUCUCAGCGUCGAAAUUUCACAUCACUAAUUGAACAGUGCUAUUUAGACUAUUUUGGUUUUCCUGUGAGGAAUCAAGACAAAUCCUGGGUUCCUAGACAUUUGUCAUUUGCUAUAUUAAUGAUUUGGACGGAACCAAAGGAUCAUGUAAGUGAUUGUUAUUUUUGUUUGACUCAAACAAAAGGUAUUACUACCAAAUCCAAACACACCAUCCAGUAUCCAAACUUGUCUUUUGCCAAGAGACCCAUCCUACAUAGUGCCGAACUGCCUGUGCCGAUGCCUCCAAAUCGAUCAAAAAGUGAGAAUUCUAGUCCAAAAGAUGGAGAUGGAUUUUUAUAUCUAAAAGAGAAAUUCCCUAAACUCAGCGAGGCGAAAAUCAAAGAGGGAAUAUUUGUAGGCCCACAAAUAGGGGUAUUGAUGAAGGGAUAAGGGCUUUGAAGAAAAACUGAAUGAUUAGGAAAAACUCGCCUGGAAAUGUUUUGCGAAUGUUGUUCAAAAUUUUCUAGCUUUGGGGUGUAAUAUGUCCUUGAAAAUACAUAUGUUGGACUCUCAUCUGGAUUUCUUUACGGCAAAAUUUGGGUGCUCUGAGUGACGAACAAGGUGAGAGGUUCCAUCAAGACAUUUCCUUAAUGGAGAAGCGUUAUCAAGGGAAAUGGAGUCCAGGAAUGCUAGCAGACUAUUGUUGGAGACUUAAAAGGGACCUACCGGCCAAAUAUUUAAGAAAAUCAUAAGUAUCUAUUAGAUAUUAGGAAAUAAUUCUGUAAGUGUGGCUGAAUUUUGUACUUUUCACGAAAAUAUAUAUUUUGAUGUCACAAGAAAA